AUGAAAAUCUCCAAGAAACAGAGGUUAAUAUUCACGAUUUGCAUAUCGUUCUCUUUCUUUACCGCUGAGCUAUCGGUUGGCUUCUACACUCAUUCCAUCGCACUCAUCGCCGACGCCUUUCACUACCUUAGCGACCUUAUCGGAAUAGUCGUCGCCCUAGUCGCGCUGGUGUUGCAAGAUCGAUCCAAACCAGCACCGCAACAGUCCACAUACGGUUGGCAAAGAGCAACGAUAUUAGGUGCCUUUUUCAACGGUGUUUUCCUCCUGGCGCUGGGCGUCAGCAUCUUAGUACAGGCCGUCGAAAGAUUUGUGAGCAUCGCUCGCGAUGACGUACACGUCCAGGAGCCAAAAUGGAUUCUGAUAGUCGGUAGCGCCGGCCUAGCUCUCAACAUUCUGACCACAAGCAGUCAUCACGAACACAGGCACAUGUCAGUGGUUAUCAAGUCUCCAGGCAGAGACCUGGGAAUGCUAGGCGUUUUCAUUCACGUAUUGGGAGAUGCAGUUAACAAUAUUGGUGUCAUCAUCGCAGCGGUCAUUAUUUGGAAGGCUGAAGGACAAGGAAGAUACUAUGCUGACCCUGCAGUCGGAGUCUUUAUCUCACUUAUGAUUCUUGCUUCGGCCGUACCACUCGUCAAAAACAGCGGCGCCAUUCUACUACAAACUGCACCAAGGGGCCUUAACCUCGACGAUAUCAAGCAUGACAUUGAAAAGAUACCUGGGAUCGAGUCGGUACACGAAUUGCACAUCUGGCGACUGGACCAGCGCAAAUCUAUCGCCUCCGCCCACAUCGUCGUUGACGAUAGAACCCUCGAGGGCUUUGCGGACAAGGCAAAGAUCAUCAUGGAGUGUCUCCACGCGUACGGAGUUCACUCAGCAACACUACAGCCUGAACUCGUCGCCUCGAGCCCCGUGACCAUAUCUGACAGCGGUCCAGAGUCUCCAGCAACGUUGAUCGACGCCAAUCACGACGCACCGACAAGUCGGCGACCACGAAGAGGCGAACAAGACUGCCAAUUGACUUGUGGAAGCUUGUGCGAUGGGCUAAGGUGUUGCACGUCUAUAUGA